AAAAGGCGGAGAAAAACUUUCGUUGGAUACAUUCGUUGGAUGCACAGAGCAAAGUGCACGGCGCACGGAGCACGGAGCAGAGAGCGGCGGAAAUUGUUACGGAACUAACACAGACCCCGGGGCCCCGAACUCAAAGUCAGUCAUCCAGUCGCAGACGAGAGUCGUCGUCGGUCGGAUUGGUUUGGUUUUAGCUUCGAUAGCAAUCAUAAGAACCAGAAUCGGCUACGGAUACGGAAUCGGAAUCUGAAUCGGAGUUCAAGCCCUCGGAGUCGGUGGGAAAAAAUGUGCUAGAUGCCAGAGAGAUGUGUGGUAGAUGUGUAAGAUGGUGCUGUGACGAUGCCAGAGAAGUAAAUGAAUCGCGACCGAAUCCAAUGAGGUUUAUUCAAUCAACGAAGAAAGUCCGCCCACGAACGGAAGUACUAUAUUUAAAGUAGAGAGACGCACACUUCCCAAAUAAACUAACUAAGCGAAAAGCCUCUUUCUAUAAUGGGAAAGGAUCAAGAGUUCCUGGAGGCAGCGCGAAAUGGCAACAUCUCGCACAUCGAGAAGGUGCUGACCCAGAAGGCCAAGCGGGCAGGUCCUUUAGCCAGCCUCCGUCGAGGCACUGGAGUUAAUGUCCAGGAUAGUGGAGGAUACUCCGCCCUUCACCAUGCCUGCUUAAAUGGGCACGAGGACAUUGUACGGCUCCUGCUCGCCCACGAUGCUUCGCCCAAUCUGCCAGACUCCCGGGGAUCAUCACCACUUCACUUGGCCGCGUGGGCGGGAGAAACGGAGAUUGUUAGGCUGCUGCUGGAGCAUCCGUAUCGACCGGCGAGUGCCAAUCUGCGGACCAUAGAGCAGGAGACCCCGCUGCACUGCGCCGCCCAGCACGGUCACACAGGAGCACUGUCGCUGCUCCUGGGUCACGAUGCAAAUCCGAAUAUGCGGAACUCCCGGGGAGAAACCCCACUGGAUCUGGCCGCCCAGUAUGGUCGCCUGCAGGCUGUUCAAAUGCUGAUUCGCGCCCAUCCCGAAUUGAUUGCCCACCUCAGCACAGAGGCCGUGGAAAGGGGAACCCCCUCCCCAUCCUCUCCAGCAUCCCCGAGCAAGACUAUUUUCCCCCACACCUGUCUCCACCUGGCCAGUCGCAACGGGCAUAAAAGCGUCGUGGAGGUUCUCUUGGCAGCGGGUGUGAGCGUUAACCUUCUGACCCCUUCGGGCACAGCUCUGCAUGAGGCUGCUCUGUGCGGCAAGGAGACUGUUGUGAGGACCCUCCUCAAAGCCGGCAUCGAUUUGGCCGCCACCGACAAUGAAGGACGCACUGCGCUGGACAUUCUGCGAGAAUUUCCGCCGCAUGUUACCAAGCAUAUUGUGGCUGUGAUCAACAACUUCCGUAAUCAAAUGGACACUGACGAGAGUGAAGAGGUGAUCUAUAGAAACUCCUCGGGACCUCCAGCCUCCGGAAGGGGCCAAUCCAAACACCACUCUCAGCAGCAGACACACAGCAAUCACUACCAUUUCAACUCCAAUAAUCACUUGCUGAACCAUUCCCAUUCCAUGCAACAAUCGGGCUACAGUAAACAGCGACUUAGUGCCGGAAACGGAGGCCAUUUUAACGGGGGGAAGUCCUUGGACAGUGCCCUGCAGCCGGAGGAUCGCUUCUACCAGGACGUCAAUGCACAUUCACCGCUGCACAGUCAAAAUGACAUAGGUGGUGGCUACAGUGUGAGUCCCUCCUCCUCCCUGAGCAGCUUCGAGCCCGCUUCUGUCUCCCCCAGAUCCCGAUGCUCCACGGGUGGAAUUGGCCAACCCAUGCAAAUGAGCACCUUCGCUCCGGCGGGACCGCCCAAGAAGCCGCCACGACGGAACCUGUCCGUCUCGCCCACCCACGCCGGACCUGGCCAGCAAUUCAGUUACAGCUCGCCCUCCAGCCAGAGCCAGAGUCAGAGCCAUGGUCACCAGCAGAUUCGUCGUCAGCCGCCAAGUGAUAGUCCCUACUCGCACCAGAGUCACGGAAGUGUUGGCGGGAUGAGCUUCGAUGAGACACAACUCCGGGAGCGUCAGCGGAGCGAUCGGUUGUACGCCAGUGCCAGGCAGAGCACUCGCUCCGCCAUUGCUGGCGGGAUGAGCCUAAGUUCCAGUAAUGACAUGCUGGAUCGCCAGUGCAGCAGUUCCGAACUCAACAGCGAGACUAGUGUUCCCAACUCCAGUGGAGAAUCGCCGGCUCCGGCCACCAACUCCAUGAAGCGACCUAUUCCAGCUCCACGGAGUGCAGCAACUAAACUUUCAAAGGAACUCCUAAAAUCCGCCGAAAAUGCCACACUCAAGUCGUAUAAUCCCAAUCGUAAACUCAAGCGCAAUCGGAAUAGCAGCGGGGCAAGCAUUACUGGAAAAUCAAACGGAGGCGAGGAAAACUGCGAGGCCAAGCAGCAGAUUCCCAGCAGCCCUACUCACUACAAUCAACCACCGACGCCGGAUCAUCCGCCGCCGAGCUCCAGCCAAGCGGAGCGCACCAUUCACGAGCGAAUCCGACCGCUGAGUCAGGAGUACAAGCGUAGGUCCGCUCUGCUCCAGUUGCAGGCCGCUCAGCAGCUGAUGAUCGAGACGGGAUCUUCUCCCUCGAAGCUACUGCCCACACUAAGUACUCCGGGCUAUGACUACGAUGACACUGUCACGGUGGUGCCCCGCUGCCCGGCUCCCUCCUCAGGAUCGCUGAGCUCCAGUAUUUCCUGUUCGGAUCACAGUCUCUCCCAUUCCACUGACUAUGUAGAGGAAUUCGUAAGUGAUGUUCCCUUUGCUGGUCUGCUCAAAGGAGCAUCCCAGCUAAAGGAAUCUACGGAGGCAGCAUCGGAAAAUCAGGAUAAACAGUCAGUUCCCCGAGUUCGACCUCCCAUUGCUACCAAACCAGCAGUUCCGGAAAGAAAGUUCGUGAAGCCAUCCACAACGCCGACCAUUCAAGAGCAACUGCAACCCGUAGAGGCCAAUGGAAAUACUGCCCCAGCAACAGCUACAAAACCUCCUCGAUCACCUUCCAAGUCACCCACAAAAUCGGCAGGAAAGUCGCCUGCAAAGUCUCCGGCUAAGAGUCCUGGAAGCGGUCACUCCGCAGCGAGGAAUUCGAUAAAUCUUCUAAGCCCCUUCAAUGCGGAAGAGGCGCGGAAAAAGAUCUCAGAAAUAAUCGAAAACUUUGGCAGCGGAAUCCUCAAUACCAGUAUUACGCCCACCCACGACAUCGAGCUGGACUUUGAGGACAUGGAGGUUCCCAUCGAGCGGCGGGAAUUGGCCACACGCCUGCGAACCGCCGGAUUACUUCACUUGGAGCGGAUUCUUUUUGAGAAUGGCUACGACAACUACAAGUUUGUGCACAAAGUCUUUGAGGAGCCAGACAUUCCUCUGCUGCAUAUACCGGAACGGGAUGCACCCAAGCUGCUGCGGUUCGUGCAGAGUCUUCCGGCGGCGGAGUUCCAGCCCCAGGUGCCGCCCAAAACGCAGCAGGAGAACAAGCAGCAUGGAGUCUCCACCCUGCAGCAGUGGCUUACUAGCAUUGCAUUGCCCGAAUACCUCGAGUUUUUCAACAAACAUCUCUACAACACCAUUGAGAGCGUGUGCGGUGUUUGGGAUGUGGAACUGCAGACUGUGCUGGAAAUCAACAAGCUGGGUCACCGGAGACGCAUUCUGCAAUCCCUGGCCUACAUCCGUCAAAUGCGAGACAGUGAUUCCAAGUCGUUGAAGACACCGCUGGGGGAAAACAAUGAGACCAAUCAGUUGACAACGAAUGGCAAUGGAACUGCCAAGGAAGUCGCACCCCGGAUACCAGCUAAUCCCGUACAGCAUCGGAACUCCAUAACGGGCUAUCGAAAGAGUCGGCCCGCUCCACCGCCACCGGCUCCUCCGGCAAGGAAGACGACACCCUCUACGGCACCACUUCAUAUAAGGGCUCCGUCGGAGCUCCUGCUGGGUCUACCGGCUAACAUACGGACCACCGAAUGGCGUCACUCGGCGCAGACUUUGCUCGACGAGCACAUUAAUUACGGGGUUCAGUACCUCGGAUCAACGGUUGUGAAAGAACUUCGUGGCACUGAAUCCACCAAGAAGUCCAUACAAAAGCUUAAGUCCUCAGCCGAGGGCGAAGGAAAAACAGGAUCCCCCCUUUCUCUGGCCAUAAGUCAUCGGGGCGUAGAGUUCAUUGAUGUGGGCAGCAAGCGUACUAUCUGUGAGCAUGAGAUUCAAAACAUAAACUGCGCCUGCCAGGACUCAGACGAUCUUCGCCACUUUGCCUACAUCACCAAGGAGCAGGACCUCCACUAUUGUCAUGUCUUUCUGGUUCAAAGCACUGAUCUGGCCAGCGAGAUAAUCCUGACUCUUGGCCAAGCCUUCGAGGUGGCCUACCAGUUGGCGCUGCGCGACGGAAUUGCAACGACUCCGGGUCUGCUCCUGGACAACGGAGUGCUCCAGGGUGAAUACUGUGGCGGGAAAUAGAGCCAGGACCUGGCCGCAGUUCAGGCCUUAGGACAACAACCACCGCCGACACCACCGGCACCACUCGGGCCAGGUCCCAGUCACUCUCUCAGUCACAGUUUAAGCCGCACUCGCGGUCACAGUCGGAGUCGCAGCCUAUGCGCCAAACUAUUCUGCCUCACAAACUACGGGGCUCUGUUCAAGUUGUAGUUAGAUGGAUUUUUUAAAAGGACACUAUUAGUAUAGUCCUUGAAGAUUUGGAUUUUAUACGAAGCGUUUUCUGUUUAUUUAACUAUUUGAAUGGCCAAAGAACAAGAACUACAAACGAAACAAACAAAAAGACUCAAAAUGAACAAAAGGCACAACUUUUUCAAAUUAAGAGAAAUGCACCAAAACCAAAAUGAAAGCUUUUUUCGAGCUUCAUACAUAACUUCCACGAAUAGCAGAAGGCUUUCCUUUUUAAAUCGAGUUUUUUAUUGAAUGGUUUUUUAUCACUAGAUCAUUUUCUGCUUGGGAAUCGAAUGCAUCCCAGGAAAAAAACAUAUUGAGCUAUUGCAUUUACUUCAUUAACAAGUAAACUAAAUAAUACAAGAAAACAAAGUAUAUGGAAAUGUUUUAGCGAAUUUUAGGAGAUAAUCAAAUCGAAUGGAAAUCACGUUUGGAAACAGAUCGAAGAAAUUAUAAGAUAUUGGCUUAUUAAACAAUUUUAUUGAUGUUGAACGCUGCAUGUUUCGUAGACAGAUGGAACGAGAAUCGAAUCGAUAGAAGAGCAAUGCAAAUCAUAUCCCGCAUUCAUUAAAAGCUAUAACCUAUUGGCUAAUCACACUUACUAUAUAUAUUAUGCAUAUUACAAAACGACUAACUCUACCAUUGAUAUGUAUGCGUGUUGUUAUAUAAUUUUUAAUUGACUAUUUAAGCGAAUCGAAUCAAAUCAAAGGACAGACAACGCAUCACGUUAUAAGCAUGUUGUUGCUUACAAAAUCGUAAAUGGUAAAAUGAAAAUGGACUACAUCGAUGUGACGAGUCAGCUGCAUUUUAAAUAUGUUUUUGAUAAAUAUUUGAUGGAUUUUUAAUCGAACUUUUAACUAGUCCCUUAGUUCUUACGUAAGCAAUCAUCAAAACAUAUAUGCAUUUGCAUUUAUUCGAUUGUAAACCCUGUUAGUUUUGAUUUGAGGCCAGGCCUCGUUGUUGUUAUAGCCAUUCUUUUGACUCAUUUGAUGUAUGUAAUAGGGUAUUUUAAUUAUUUAACCUAGACCAUAUUGAGGCGUUUCCCGACCCUUCUCUAUCGAUGUAUGCAAACGCUUUAAAUGUUAGCCUGCUUGUGGUACAACAGAUUCCAUUAAGUACCUACCUACUCAAUACAAAAUCGAAGUUAAAUACAAUUACAAAUCAUCUUAAUCCAUUUUCUCUGGGCUGUAGUUUGUUAUGCCAUAGACAUGCACACGGAACGUAAAUCAAUUUUAUUAAACUCUAUAUACAAAAUCAUAUUCAACUCAAAUCUAGCCCAUAACUAAUGAAAUUGAAUAAACCAAUAUAAAUAUAUAUAUAUCUAUAUACAACAAAUUAAAGAGAAAAUUUCAAAAUUUUUAAGUGUUUAGCCCCGCAAACGAUCAAACAUAAUUGCAAAGGAAUGGAAACUGAAUGAGGAUACUAAAUAAAAUACAUAAUUAACUGAA